AUGGCGAACCCCAAAGAUACGAACGAGCCGUUCUACGUGCGCUACUAUUCGGGCCAUUCUGGAAGAUUUGGGCAUGAAUUCUUAGAAUUCGACUUCAGAGUGAUCGGUGAUGGUCGCAGUGCGACUGCGCGAUAUGCCAACAACUCCAACUACCGCAACGACUCGCUCAUCCGCAAAGAGAUGUGUGUCAGCUCCCUCCUCAUCUCUGAGAUCAAGCGCAUCAUAAAGGACAGUGAAAUUAUGAAGGAGGACGAUUCACGGUGGCCACAAAAGAACAAGGAUGGCCGACAAGAGCUCGAGAUUAGGCUCGGCAACGAGCACAUCCAGUUCGAGACUGCAAAGAUCGGCUCUCUUGGAGAUGUAACGGACUCGGCUGAUCCUGAAGGCCUCCGAGUGUUUUACUACCUGGUCCAGGAUCUCAAAGCCUUGGUGUUCUCGUUGAUAUCGCUUCACUUCAAGAUCAAACCUAUCUGA